ACAACCUUUGCUCAACAACAGAUAUUAUUUUACAUUAGCUUAUUUGUGAAUGAUUUUAUAACCUACCACUGUGUGUUGGAAAAUAUAUUUAAAAGGAACCAUGUCCCUUCAGGAGUGACAAGUAGAAAGGAGAAAGUAACCGUAUCAUGAUCAUCAGUCUAACAGGAACCAUGUCCCUUCAGGAGUGGGCAAGACUGUUUGAGCAGAGGACCGGGAGGCUUCAUGGGCACAACUGGACUAUUACAUUUGAUGACUCCAUCGUGCCAGACAAACCAGCUGCAGAAUGGUUUCAAUACAUCCGGGGAGCUUUUGCAAAGUUCAGCUGCUCCAGCUGUGACAGGACGUGGGGCUCCAGCAGAGUGCUGGUUGUGUUUCAGUUCCACUAUGAGAGAGGGGCGAAGAGGGGGACCGUCAGAGCGCGUCGCUUUCGCCAGGAAUGCAAAACGUGCGAGGAGACCGAGAUGGAGGAGCCCCUCUUCGACUCCGAGAACAUCGGCGUGAUGCUGGAGAAGCUGGUGGAGAGGAUCCGCUUCAGGUGCUACAAGGAGAAGAUCAACCUGAAGCGCUCGCGACCUCUCGACUGGACCGAGGGGCCGCACGAGUCCGAUCUCUGUGAGGCCUGUAAGAGGGGCUUCUGCAGACAGACGAACAGUUAAACUGCUCUCUGAGCCUUCACGUAUGACCAGCAGAGUCGACAUUCACAAAUACAUUACUAUACAUUACAUUAGAAAUACCGCACAUUACAUUACAUUACAUUACAUUAUAUUACAUUACAAACAUGCAUUACUAUACAUUACAUUGACAAUUCUAUACAUUACUUUAACUCCUCUCCUAAUGUCCACUAGGGUGUCUACUGGCUCUCUCUCUCUCUCUCUCUGUGUGUGUGUGUGUGUGUGUGUGUGUGUGUGUGUGUGUCUCAGCAUUAGCGUUUUACCAUUGAUAGCAUUAAUGGUAAAUUAUGUCUGUGUGGUAUGCGUGAAGUGGUGUUUUGUUUUUAUGACAAGCAGUUGUAUGCAGCACUGUAAUGCCAAAGACAAAUUUCCCUUCUGGGACAAUAAAGUUCAUCUUAUCUUAUCUUAUCUUAAACCAUCUACAGACCAGCAGUUAAAAAGGCCAUCAAAACUAACCACCUCUCUUCUCUCCAGCAGUAGAAGUCAAAGGCAAUAGAUAAAUGUAUUCCAGUUGAAUUGAAUGAAUUUAAUAUAUAGGCCUAUCUUGUAAAUAAACUUGCCUCCAUCCCUAUCAGUUAUCGGUGUCAUAAGUGUACAAAUAUCCAUGAGUCCACUCAUGUCAGUUUUAGGCAGCUGUCCAGGGUCUAGCAAAGGAUACUGCUGUUUAGCAAAUAUUCUACAGAACAAAUUCAAAUCUUCUGACAAUAACGAUAAGAGGCUCUGUCAUGUAUAAAGUCUUUGAGUAGAAUUGAAGGAAAUGAAUUAUAUAAAUAAUCUUAUCAGUGAUAUCUAUAAUAGCCAUCGGA